AUGGGAAACAACUUUUUACUAUUUGUUCUGGUUCUACUGCUGUGUGCCUCGUUUGCACAUGCCUUUGGAGCUGGAAACAUCCCCUCCAUCUCGAAAAUCGAAGGCCAGAACUUCCGUCAUGGAGACAUCGAAGACACGCUGGCCAUGCUGGCCAUGACAGCUGGAGGCGGUCUGUUGUCCAAGUUGCGAGGCGGCAAGAAGUUCGAUAAGAUGGCCAUCAAGCGGGUCUACUUUGGUAACUGGUUGCGAGACUACUCUCAGGCCAUCGAUAUUGCUACUCUCAAGCAGGGUCUCACCUCCGAGCUGCUGACUGCUAUUGUCUGGAUCCUGGGUAUCAUGGAGUUUGGCUACGGAACCGGCGAGUUCCAGGUUACUGAAGAGCGUCUUGGUACCUACAGAGCCGACGAGCAUAUCGAUAACCCCAAGGGCUACGGAGAAGGCGAAGAUGCUCCACGUCUCGACCGGCGUCUCAGAGGCCCCGUGCAGCCCAUCGAGCUGGAAAUCGACCCCGAAACCGGCAUGAAAAACUACAUUUGCAACGAGCGAGGCAACUGGCCCACGUCUUCCGUCUACGUGCGAGACUCGAUCCACAAGUGUAUUGCUCUGGGACGACAGGGAGGCUCUGAGAACCAGUACGAGGCUCUGCGUUUGCUGGGACAGGCUCUGCACACCCUCGAAGACUUCCCCGCCCAUUCCAACUACUGCGAGCUGGUGCUCAUGGAGAUGGGAUUUAACGUCUUCCCCCAUGUCGGACGAGACACCCAGAUCAACCUUCAUGGAAACCGGGUCUACCCUCUGAUUACCGGAACCUUUGGCGGUCUCGAUUUCGUUCACUCUCUGAUUGGAGCUGCCAACGAUUCUCUUUCCGAGGUUGAGAUUGAAGAUGUCAACAACCAUGUGGCUGCAGCUGCUGACUCUAAGGUAACCGAGAUGCUUAAGGGUUACCUUCGAAAGCUGCCCAUCAAGCUGCCCAACAUCCCCGACUUCUCCGGUGGCCAGCGUGAGAUGUCUGGUGUCGAAAUAGCCGACAUGAUCGACAACUACGAGCGAGAUAUGCAGACUGAUACUCGAGAUCUGUACGGCGGUUUUGAGGCCGGUCCUGACUACGCCAGCAGCUACACUGGUUCUUCUCGAGACUUCAGCGACGACCCCAACCAGCUGUCCGGCGACUUCCAGAAGCUCAACAUGCAGAACAAGAUGAAGAUCUCGACCCCCGAUCUUUCCAAGAUUGACGUCAAGAAGAUUGAGCGACGAAUUCUGCCUCUGCUCAAGUUCCGAGACGCCAUUAUGUACGGUCUUGAGAAGGUAUUCGACAGCAUUCCCGGUCUGUCUUCCCUAACUGAGAAGAUCUCCGAGACUAUGUCUCUGUUUGUUUUCGGACUCAUUUCGCCCAUCGUCAAGCCCAUGAUCGCUGCCGUUACCAAGGGUCUUCAUGCUGGUGCUGGAAAGGUUACUUCUGGUGAUGAUCAGAUCGAGGUGUGGAAGAACCCUCGAGCUACCGAUCCCACUCACUCUCAGCUCUCAAAGGACCAUUUCUCCUUGUAUCUUAACGAGCCUGCUGGAAAGGUUGCUGCUGUUAUCGUCAAACACGUUGUUCCUCUUGUGGUUGACGCCUGGUCCGAUAAAUCCAUCGACCCCAACUCGGUCACCAACACCAUGAUGGAGGUCAUGCACCACCCAUCCAUGUGCCGAACUCCUCUGCAACAGCAGAUGAAAGAGACUGUGAAGGAGUGGAUCAACAACCUUGGCGCGAAGAAGCAAGUCGUUCUGAACGGCCUGUCCCCUGACGGUGUUCUAAACGGCGCCAACAACACUGGCGGUAAAAAGCACGACCAGGGUGAUCACAGCGGCUGCUCUCAUGCCUCUGGAUCUGCCAACCUGUCUGCUUUCAUGGCCGGCAAGUUUGGUAAGCAGUCCUACACCACUGGUCAAAGUGAUUCCUGGCAGAGUGGAGGAGGAGGCUCCUAUAACCAGGGUAGCCAGGGUAACCAGGGCAACCAGGGCAACCAGGGCAACCAAGGUUCUUACAACUCUGGAACUUCAAACCAGGGUGGGAUGUACGGUGGCAACAACACCAACUCUGGAUACGACAAGCAUGACAACAAGCAAUCCAAAUACGGAUCGAGCAGCCAGUCAAACUAUGGUUCCAACCAGCAGAGCUCCAACUACGGUUCUGGAAGCAACCAGUCUCAGCACGGUCUCCACAAUCAGGCUGACAACAAGUAUGGAUCUGGUCCCAACAAUCGGCCCAACCAACACAGCUCUGAUAACAAGUAUGGAUCCGACAAUUACGGCAGCCAGUCUUCCAACAAGUACGGUUCUCAGUCGUCCAAAUACGAUGACAACAAGUACAGCAACCAGUCUAACUACGGUUCUUCCUCCAACCAGUACGGUUCUCAGUCGAACUCUGGAAAACACCAUGGCCGAAAGAACUCCAAUGAGUACGGAUCUUCUCAGUCCAACCAGCACGGAGCGUCUCAGUCUAAUUACGGUUCUUCCAACCAGUACGGUUCUCAGUCGAACUCAGGAAAACACCAUGGCCGAAAGAACUCCAACGAGUACGACUCUCAGUCAAACUACGGUUCCAACCAACAGUCUUCAGGUCACAGCAACUUCAACCAGCAGUCUACCUACCAGCAGCCUUCUUACGGUGGAUCCAACCAGCAGUCUUCAUAUGGUGGCUCUAACCAGCAGACCUCAAACUACGGCAGCGGCUCUCAACAGUCUUCUUACCCCGGAAGCCAGCAGCAGACUUACGGCGGAAACCAGGGCAGCCAGUACGAAUCAAACCAGUCUUCCAACUACGGUUCCUCCAACCAGUACGGCAACCAAGCCAGUCACGGGCAGAGCCAGGGAUACAACCAGGGACAGGGCUACGGACAGACCCAGCAGUACGGCCAGCGAGAGAUGGGCCAGGACUACAACCAAGGCUACCAGGCCGACCAGGCCGACCAGGGCAGCCAGGGUGGCCAGGGUUACCAGGGUGGCCAGGGCUACUACAACCAGGGUAACCAGGGCUACGAUAACCGAUACUAG